UAACGGUCAACACGCCGAGCUCCCACAAUCCCCCGCGCUCGGUGGGAAGGUGACAGGGGACGGCAAAGAUGGCGUCUGCGUAUCUGACUCACCAGCAGAAAGUCCUGCGGCUCUACAAGAAGUCUCUGCGGCACCUGGAGUCCUGGUGCAUCUUUAGGGACAAGUACCGCUUCUACGCCUGCCUGCUGCGCGCUCGCUUCGAGGAGAACAAGAAUGAGAAGGACAUGGUGAAGGCCACCAUGAUGCUGAAGGCCGGAGAGGAGGAGUUCUGGGCCAACCAGCACCCUCAGCCCUACCUCUUCCCUGACUCUCCCGGCGGGACGUCCUACGAGAGAUAUGAGUGCUACAAGGUCCCGGAGUGGGUCCUGGACUUCUGGCACCCCUCGGAGAAGGCCAUGUACCCCGACUACUUUGCCAAGAGGGAGCAGUGGAAGAAGCUGAGGGAGCAGAGCUGGGACAGAGAGGUCGCCCAGCUGAAGGCCGAGACUCCAGCCGACGGCCCCAGGACCGAAGCUCUCCCUCCGGCCCGCAAGGAGGGCGAGCUCCCCCCUCUGUGGUGGCAGUUUGUCACCCGCCCCAGGGAGCGCCCCACAUAAACGCCCCAACCAGUCACCCCGUCAUGCCCUCAUGCGGCGGCUGUGUCCCUUUCACCUCCUGGCCACGUCAGGGGAAACCCAUCACAACAUCAGGAUCAGUUUAUUGUAGAAACUGUGUGUGUGUGUGUGUGUGUGUGUGUGUGUGUGUGUGUCUGUAAAGCAUGUCCGUGCUGUCAGAGUGGUUUGUGAGGAGGUGGGUGGAUGCAGGGGGCUCACAGACACCACCUGCCUCAGCUCACAGUGACUUUGACGGAGGAGUCCUGGAGAUGUACCACUUUCCCUGCAGGACCACAGCUGCUCCAAUAAAUAAAUAUAUUAUGACAAUAA